GUAAGAUGGUAAUUAGGUUUUGUGAUGUUAAAAUGAUAGCUGUUUAGUGUGGAAUUUUUGAUCUGUGUGUGAUGUCACAGUUGCACGGCUGGUCCCCCCACUUGUGCGCCUCCCCAUGUGUCAUUAGAGCCUGGAUAUUGUCGAGUCGCCGAGGUUGUGUUAGCUGGUCACUGUUUGCAAGGAAGAUGGCUACAGCAAGUGAGAUACCAUUGGUGGUUGUCACGGGGGCAUCUGGGUUCAUCGCCACCCACAUCAUCCAGCAGUUGCAGGAAUCGGGGCAGUAUCGUGUGAGGGGAACCCUGCGGAGCGUUCAGGAUGAAGCCAAAACGAAGCGGCUUAACGAGCUAUGCCCUGAAGCUCAGUACAAGCUGGAACUGGUGGAGGCUGAUCUAACUAAGCCAGAUUCCUGGGAUGCGGCGGUGAAAGAUGCCACCUACCUGAUUCAUGUUGCGAGCCCGUUCCCAAACCAGAUCCCCAAGGAUGAGAAUGACCUAAUUCAACCAGCCGUGGAGGGCACACAGAGUGUUCUGAAGGCCUGCGUGGCUGCUAAGUCGGUCAAGCGCAUCGUGCUCACCAGCUCCGUGGCAGCCAUCUCUGGUGGCAUCACAGGCGAGGAGGGUAAAGUCUACUCUGAAGAGGAUUGGGCCAACCCCGAAAAACUGGAUGCUUAUGCCAAGAGCAAAACUCUGGCUGAGAAGGCUGCAUGGGAGUAUAUCAAGGAACUUCCUGAUGACGACAAGGUGGAGUUGGCCGUGAUCAACCCAGCCUACGUCAUGGGCCCAGUGCUCCAUGGGUCACAGUGUACAAGCAUGGAGGUGGUUAAGCGGCUGAUGGAACGCUCCAUGCCAAUGGUCCCCAAAAUCAACCUGCCCGUUGUGGAUGUGAGAGAUGUGGCUGCCGCUCAUAUCAAGGCAAUGGUGAAUCCUGAUGCCGCAGGAAACCGGCAUGUGAUGUAUUCACAUAGCGUUUGGAUGCGAGACAUCGCAUUGAUGCUCAAGAAGGAAUUUGCACAUCAAGGCUACAACAUCCCCACGGUCAACUGCCCAUACUUCGCACUUUGGAUGACCAGCCUCUUUGACAAGACCAUCAAGCUGAUUCUUCCCAACAUCGGCAAAGUGACCCGCUUUAACAACAGCAGGAUGAAGGAUGUGCUGGGUAUCAAUCCAUACGAUGCCAAGGACACACUGAUUGAAAUGGCCUAUUCCAUGAUAGAGGCUGGCUUCAUUAAGAAGUCCAAGAAAUUCACAGGACCCCACAAGGCAGGGGAGGAACCUGAGGGCCAAGAAGAGACCGCUAAACCUGAGGACGAGGGGAAACCUAAAGAGAACGGGGAGGCCACCGAGGACAAGUCCAAGGAGGAAGACAAGAAAGAAGGGGAAAAGAUCGAAGACGUGGCUGAUUUGAAGAAAGAUGAAGAAAUCAAGAAGGACGAAGAACCAGCGAAGACAGAUGAGAAGCCGGCUCAGAAUGAAGCUGAAAAUCCCCCAGAAAAAUAAAGACAUUUUGUAAUUUUAGUCUUGGCUUGUCAAUGCGAGGGUCGCCAGGAGUUUUCUCAGUGCCAUGGGGUAACAUUUCCAGCACCAAACUACGUCUAAAUAUUUGUUGCCUCUUUGAAUUGUGAGACUGGGAUUGUGGCCUGGGUGGGGUUAUUAAGUGUCAAUCAAAUUAGAGUUACCACUACAACAGGAGUGCAUUUCUGUAAAAAACUACCUAGUUCCUGCUGAACUGCUGAAUGCAGUGUUUUGUAUCGGUGAAGAAAUCGUUGAGCGUUCAAAAGUUGAUAUCGCUUUUUGACAUAGUUUUGGAAUAUAUCUUGUAUCUUGACAUCUCUUAAAACUGCCAGACCUGUGUGUCACAAGAGGACAAAAUAGUCAAUGACCCAGGAUUGGGGUUAUUUUAGAUUCCCAUUGUAGAAUGCUGCUUUUUCUAUCAAAGAUUGAACUUGAAAACUUAUUGGCUUGUCCCAUCACAUCUAUGAGUGUCCAAGCGGUAUGGUGUAAUACUGCACGAAAAUUCUGCGCCACGUUUUUAUGUGCCAGCCAAGCAAGCGUUCAUGUAUGUGAGUCGCUGAAAAUGCGAGCUUUUAUGUGCACGCCAGUUGCGGGUCUGUUGUAUAAACAUGCAUGUACACGUAAAACAUUUUUAAUUAGUGAGCCUUAAGCGUAGCUGUAUCUACAUCUGUGACAAAUUUCAAUACUGUCUUCGUGUUUUUACUCUCUUAUACAUGUAUGUAUUUAAUUUGCUCACAAUUGAAAUGGAAUAUACAUCUAAAUAUAUAUGAUUAUUGAGGCAUAUUGCUAUGUAUUUUCCUGUGUCGAUCAUCAGAUUAAGUUAAAAAAACAUAACGAAACAAAAAAAAAUAUAACAAACUGCUCAAAAUCAACACUUUCUUGAUGAACAUCUUGAUGAAUUCAUCUUAUUGCACUUGAAUUCUUAAUACAAAGGACAUUAUUCUUUCAUCUUUGAGAAAACAGAAUCAUUACUUCCAUGUGCUAGGCUUGUUUUGUCCGAAUAAGUACAAAUAUAUAUGCUACAUUCUUGCGAAGAUCAGUAGUUACUAGAGAAAAAUGGAAUUCUAACAGACCCAUUGUCUCUUCAUUUGUUCAGCUUAAGGAAAGUUCACUCAUGGAGAGCAUGUGAAUGUUUUAUGACCAUUCUGUUUUUAAUGGACCAAGAAAAUGGCAUUUUGCAUAAACACAAGACCUAGAGAUAUUGUCCCGUGAGAUGUAUGUCCAUAAUGUGCACUGUUAUUGUUAUUAAAAAUUCACGACAGAAAUGAUAAAAUUUUACAUGUUUGCAUUUUUAAAGCACAAUUCCAGAACCAGUUUUGACGGAGUCACGAGUGUAAGCUGUAUAAGCUACAGACAUGCAUGCACACACGUAUUUGUACGAAAUUCUGUGCUGAAUUUGUGAUAUGGUUGCAAACAGAUAAUCAAGUGCGAACCAAGGUUUCGAGUCAUUGCUUCUGGGGUUUGUUUUUUUUUUCUUUAUUUUAUUGAAGUGAUGAUAUUGUUGAAAUGACCUGAACUGAAUGACAGUAUCGGGGAAAGCUAUAUUCCAUGUUCCAUAUGCUGCUGGGUUUAAUAUAAUUGCAAUGUGCCUGUCUGUUUUUUCUUCAUACAAAUUGUUAAACUGAAAGGCCAUAUUUUUAUCUUUUUUUAUUAUUACAUGUAAAACUUGAGAAGGCUGUUUUAAUGUUUGCCAAUUGAAUGAUCCUGCUUUUUGUAGCCUCGAUUGAAAUGCUGCUUAUUUUUGACACCAAUAUAAUAUUGGAUUGCCAAUUCCUUUCCUACAAUGUCAGCCAUCUUGGAUAUUGGGGAAGAUCUUGUGUCAUGUGAUCAUUUGUAUGUGCUACAGUAUGGUGCUCUUAACUUUGUAUUUUUCCUUUUCCUCCAAAUUAGAGUAGCCCAGUGUAGCGAUACAUGUAGCGAGUCAUAAGGGUGAAUUAGCCAGGUUCAAGUUGUAGAAGGUUUUACAUCUAGGUACAUGUACAUUGUACACAUUGCAUGCUGAUGGGUUUUCAGAUUGUAUACUCACAGCAUUGGCUCAACUUUGGUGCUUGCAGCUUUGGUCAUAUUGGAUACUGUAUCGCAUUUUCCUCAUAUCAACCUUGGAUUGCAUGCUCUUGAUGUCCGACAGUUGAAUGUGGGUGCAUAGUGCCAGUAUUGAAUACACCAAUAUAUAAACAUACAAACUUUUGGUAUUUGGUGAAAGAACAUACAUGUAUGGAAAAAUACAUAGUACCCGUACAUGUAUUUGGCACACUUCAUAUUUGCAUGAUGAGAAAUAUUCGCAUUUAUACAUCUGCGUGAAAGUUAACACUUGGAUAGUCAGUGUUAAUUAUUUCCAUUUGCCAUGUAUGAAAUACCAAUUACUUCUUAGAGAUCAGGUUUAAAGUUGACAAUGUGCGACAUCUUGGUAACGAUGGAAAUGUUAGAAGCUGUCAGAGUGUAACAUUAUGGAUUUAAUUACAUCUGACAUGUUUGAUAAUUAUUUGACUCCCGUGACCUGAAUUUAGUUUGUUUUCGUAGAAGAGCAUUAUUACUUAAAUUUUCACAUUUCUAAUUGAAAAAGUCUGCCAGAAUAGUUUGAGUGACAUCACAAAACUUAAACAUACAUUCUGAUUUGAAGACCAAAACUUCUCAAAAUGAAUGUAGAUGUAUGUUGACUCUUUUUAAGAUGUGAGAUUUGAGAAAGUAGUCAACUCUUGUAGUUACUGAACAGAUUUUGUGUUGUUCUUUAAACUUUGAAAUAGUUUCUUAAAAUUUAUAGAAGAAUACAUGUACAAAAAAAACCUUUUUUUUUUUUAAAUUUCAUGUGAAAUUUUAUCAGUGCUUUGUCUUUGAACUGUCAUGCCUGUGUUAGUAAGAAAACCAUAACACGUAAAGUAUGCUGAAAGAUAUCACAAAUAAAAUGGAAUGUUUUCUAAAUGUUGGGCUGCUGAGGAUUCAAAAAGUGUAUAAUUUGGUAAAAGACAAAAACAAACAAAAGAAAAGUGUCGUUUUUUUUCAGUGUAAUCUGUAACUUGUCAUUUCUGUGCUCAGUUCUGUACCUUGUGACACCUACAUGUAUAAUGUAUUGUACAUGAUGAGUCCAUUGUUAAAAAAUGUAUAAAGUAAUUAAGUUAGAAAUCGGACUUGAGAGUC